AUGGUGGUCACUUUGAGUUAGACGAUUUCAACGAUGAUGAGUGUAGAAGCUAUUUCAGAUUCAAAAAGGAUGAUAUAUUUCGGCUCAAACAUGCUUUAGGCGUUCCAGACAGAAUCACCUUGCCAAACAGGUCAAGAAUGGAUGGAUUGGAGGCUCUCUGCUUAGGUCUGCAACGCUAUGCCUAUCCAUGCCGAUAUGGAGAUUUAGUUAAAGACUAUCGACGACCAGUGCCCCAGCUCUGUUUAGCCUUCAACUGGGUGACUAACUUCAUCUUUGAUGCCCACAAGCACAGACUGACAACAUUGGAGCAGCAUUGGUUGGCCCCUCAGCAGCUGAGAAUUUACGCUGAUGUCAUUCACCAGAAAGGGGCACCACUAAACAACUGUUGGGGGUUCAUAGAUGGGACCGUUCGUCCGAUUUGCCGACCUGGGGAACACCAACGGGUGGCUUACAAUGGCCACAAGCGUGUACAUAGUCUUAAGUACCAGUCUGUCACUUCUCCAAAUGGAAUGAUAGCCAACCUUUACGGACCUGUGGAAGGACGACGACAUGACGCCUACCUUCUACGGGAGUCGGGUCUUCUAACCAUGCUUGAAGGCGGAUCCCAUGAUGCAGAGGGUAACUUGUUGUGCAUCUACGGGGACCCUGCUUAUCCCGUCAGACCCCAGCUGCAGGCCCCAUUUCCUACUGCAAACAUCACACCGGAACAGGCAGCAUUCAACAGAGCUAUGUCCAAAGUCAGAAUUACUGUGGAGUGGUCCUUUGGGGAUGUAAUAAACUUCUUCAAAUACACGGACUUCAAAAAAAGUCAAAAGAUCCUGCUAAGUUCUUGUGCAAAGAUGUACAUGGUGUCGGCCAUUCUGACAAAUGCCCACACAUGUAUUUAUGGUAACAAUACAUCCUCCUACUUUGAACUGCAGCCUCCAUCACUGGACGAGUAUUUUCAAUAACUUUGAUCGAAACAAUUUCUGUUAUGAAUUUAUUUAUUUAUUUAUUUAUUUCUAAUCUUUUGACAGGGUAGCCCAUUCACCAACAAGUAGUGGUCUUCCAUGGGGCCCUGAAUAAACAU